AAUCGUCAUGAACUACAAUGGGGAAUAAGUUAGUCACGUUUACAGAACAACAAUUAGAAAACUAUCAGGACUGUACGUUCUUCACCAGAAAAGAGAUAUUAAGGGUUUUCAAAAGGUUUCGGGAAGUUCGUCCCGAUAUUGUUCCGAAACAAAUGAAGAAAAACGAGGCUAUUAGCAUAAGGAUCCCAUUAGAAGACAGUAUAGAAAAAAUUCCAGAGUUGCACGAAAAUCCUUUUAAAAAAAGGAUAUGCGAGGUAUUCUCCAGAGAUGGUAAAGGCAAUUUAUCCUUCGAGGAUUUCUUAGAUCUUCUUUCGGUUUUCAGCGAACAAGCACCGCGAGAUAUAAAAGUUUUUUACGCCUUCAGAAUCUAUGACUUUGAUAGUGAUCAACAUGUAGGACCUGAAGAUAUUGACCAAGCAUUGCUUCUGCUCACAAGAAACACUCAAGAACUGACUUCAGAUGAUAGACAACAAAUUGCUGAGAAAGUUAUUGAAGAAGCUGACGUAGACGGAGACGGGAAACUUUCUUACAUGGAAUUCGAACAUGUUAUUACUAGAGCUCCUGAUUUUCUAUCUACCUUUCAUAUACGAAUAUAAAUUGGUAUUCCAAUUUUUUCUCAACUUUUUAUAGUAUUAAAACAUAUUUUUUAGAAUAUUUUCUUAAAGACGGUCUACCCGAUAAUGAUUUGUAAAAUGUAUAGAAGCUGUUACUUAUGUAAAUGGUUAUUCAUUAUACUUUACCCACUCAAUAAUUAUCAAUGAUAUUGACUGGGAAAACUCCUUCCAAAAUUCUUGGCAUAUGGUGCAAGAUGACUUGAAUUUGUUUUCUAAUGUCAUGUCAUGUCUCCAAUCCUUCGGUUCUCACAGCUGAAAUACAAGCUAAGCCUAAUAAAGUCCUGUAAAAAUGAGUUGAAUCCCUUAACAAGUUUUGUCAUCUGUGACGGUGAGGCCAAAAAGUUACUUUGCUGCCAAAAAAAUAUUUUAUUAUUCUAAUAUAAUUGUUAAUUCUACACACUUGGUUUCCAAUUGUUUUAAAUCGUCAAAAAAUAAUUAGAUACGCAUUUGUCGCGUCGUGAAUUUUUAAUAAUAGGAGAUCUUUUGACCAGUAUUAACUAGGCACUAGAUGAGUAUUAAAACUAAUUUUGACUAAUGACAUUAAAAACAUGGUGGAAAGUAAAAAUAUAAUCAACGUAGUGAAUGUGUUGUCGUCAACCGCCCUAGUAAAUAGCGGACCUUGUUAAUACCUGCAUUUCCUGCACACAUAAGAAAGCAGGCUGCCUGCUUACCGGCAAUCGGCGCCGAUAAGCGCCGAUAAUUUAUUUAGCUUAUCAAUGGUUCUAGACGCUUGUGUCGGCGCCGGACGUGGUCACAUGAUUGUUAAAUAAUGAUGGAUAAUGAAAUUUUGAUCGCCGUAAUUUUGAGACCUGCCUUCUGGGACAAGCGACUAAAAUCUCACAGCAAUCGACAUGUUACGCAAAAGUUUUGGAACGAUAUAGCAGCCGAAAUAGGAUUAGAUGAGAACGUGCUACGAAAAAAUUGUGUUUGCGGAAUCAGUUUGCGAUGGAGUUAGGAAAAAUUCCCUAAUCUCGAUCAGGGAAUUUUCAUUCGCCCUUUUUUUUUUAAAAUAUAGUGAAAGUUAGAGUUUCCAGUGAAAAUUGAAGGGUAAAUACUGCAGCAAGUACACAAAUCGUAGGUGUUCAAGCUAAUUAAGAUCUUGUUAAUGAGGUUUCUGUUGACGAGUCGUCCAUCGAAAUACACACAUAACAAACAGAACAUAACACUGGAAUAAGCACUAAUGAAGCCCCCGAAACCGAUACAAAUGAUGGGAAAAACACAAUUCAUAUCGAACAAGCAGAAAAUAAUAACAAAAAGGCGAUAAAAAAGGGAAGCCCUGAGUUGUAAUGAUAAAAUUAUAAAAAUUGGGCAACAAACAUUGGAAUAUUUACAACACAAAGCUAAACGAUCGCGGGGUAGAUAAUCAUUAAUAUUUUUUUUUAAUUUUUGCUGUCCCAUGUACGUAAAAUACUAGCUAACGAAAUACUGUCAUUUUGAGGAUGCGUGCAAGAAAUUGUUAAGGUAUAUGCGUUUCUUCCUACUCUGACAGCUCAUAUGCUUCCUCAUCCACAUGUGCUGCACCAGUUUUACCAAUAUUUACACAUUCAAUAGUGGGUACACUUCAUGAUACAGAAUUGGGAAUUUAAAAGAAGGUGCCAUAUAAGUAUGGCUGUAAAAACCCAAAGCACCGGUGAAACGUCUUUAUUAUUUUUUACAAUUUACUGCAAGUGGAAUACACCACUUUUCCUUCCACAAUGUAGUCUUUUAUUUUUAUAAGAGUGCAAUUCUUUGAACAUUAUCUCACAUUGGUACUGAUAAAUCCACAACCCACCAUUUCGAAAGAUGUCUUCCAGGAAUGGUUUUCUCAUCGGUAUAAGUGCAUUGUAAAAUUUUAGUGAGCAUUUCCUUGAAAUGUCACCUCUAACUUUGUUUAUAUUAUAAUAAUCUAUCUCACUUUUUGAUGACACUCCUAUAUACAGUUAUUAACUAGACUUGUCGAAUCACAGAUGGGUCUUUCUUCUCCAACUUUUUUAAGAUAAGCGAAACCUGUACCUUUUUAAUUUGGGAUAUGUUUGUGUAGAAUAGAUAACGAUUGCUUUGAAAAAUUUAAAGAAAUAAUAUUUUAUAUUAGAACAUUUUCAAUGCUUGAGUAGUGAUGUCAUAGGAGCAUUUUCAAAUGCCGGGGCUCUAAACAAAACAAACUUCGUUUGCACUUAAUUUCCUAAAGGCGAAUAUAUCAGUUUACCUUCACUUUCUGGAGACGAUAACUUGUUAAUUGUGAUUGUAGGUUUUGAAGUAGUGUAAACAGUGUGUUCAGUAUUAAUAUCACCAACGGUUCCAGUCAUUCCAACUUAGUGAUAAACAAGUUGAUCACCUGACGAGGAAGGCCAGUGCAACUUCUUUUAUUGGAUCACAACCUUUACAAUACAAAAAAUCAUCAAGCUACGAUGAUAAAAAAGGAGGAAAACAAGAGAAAACCAGAAACAUGGAUAAAAAAGUUCUUCCAUUAAGUAAAGAGGAGCUAAAGAAAAUUUCUAGUGUGCUCACUGGAUACUGCCUAUUGAAGUACUACUCAAAGAAUAUUGGAAAAACUUCCGACAGGUCUUGUGAUUUCUGCAAGAAAUCAAAAACCAGAAAUAGCCUAGCUCCUUCUCGGUGAGUGCGGGACAGUCCAUCGACAAAGACUACGGUACUUACAUUCAUUAUUUGUAAAACCAGAAAGCGGAGUUAUAUUGUCCUCAGACAGAUAGCUAACUUUAUAAGUUCGGGGUAGACAUUAGAACAAUAAAUAUGUUAUGUUAGUCGAUUUAUCUAAUCUAAUCUAAUUCAAAAAUCAAGUAGGAACUGAAGUAUACUAAUUAACCUUUGUCAUAAUUGGAAACUGGCACAAAUCAGUCAGUCCAUUAAUUUUGUUGUGAUAAGCAAUUGAACAUCAUACUAAAUGUGGAGCAAUAAAGAAUAUCGGACAAAGUAUAAUGGAUGACGAAUAUCAGCGAUGAAAAAGAAAAUCGCGUUAAUUUCAUACUCCAAUUCAUCAUAGCUUAUACGAAAAUUUAUAACUACGGCUGAUACAACUUUGGUUGAUACUGGAUCACUGACUGAUAAAGAUACAUACAUGGAUAAAUUUGACGAGUGAACGUGAAUGAAUUAUUUAAUAAAAGACCACAAAUAAUGAAACCUACUUUUUGAUUUCUUAUGACUUUCAGUUUUUUAUAUUUGUUCAGCACUUCAGGUGAAAAACGCUG